UCAACUAUUCCCGCGCGAAAUGGAGCCCGGGGCCGACACCAGCAUCGCUUCACCGGUGAUGGAGCCGACCGUUGAGCACGACCUGUCCAAUAUCUACCGAUGGAUAAGACCGCAUUUAGGGGCCCGAGAGCGGCGAGCAGUCCGGGGCGCCUGCACCUCCUUGCGCGCAUCCCACGACCGCGAGGAGCCCGGGAUAAGCGUGGUAUCACAGAUGAAAGGCGCCGCUGAGGGAGCUCUCAUUGCGCUCGACCUGUCGCACACAACUGACGCUAUCGCUAAAAUCGUGGGGCACGGCUGUCAACCCAGCCUCCUCAGCCUGCGGCUGUCGCCCUCCGACCGUGACGCUGAGGCGCGCGGGGUUGCUGCGUUGCAGUGCGUUGCCUCCUCCAGGCACAACGACGGGCAGCAUGUCACCAGCCCGCGAGCGAGCCCUACGGGGCCCUCCGCGAGCGCGUCCCUCACCACCCUCAGCGCGCAGAACUUCCCCCUCACAGCGGCGUCUGUGGAGGCGCUGACCGCCGCCGCACCCUGCCUCUCCACCCUCGCCCUCGCGGACGGCCCCGACCUCUCUGCCCUUCCACGGCUCCUCGCCACUUCUCCCCUCAGGCACACGCUACGGUCUUUGCAACUGGAGCGCUGUAGUGGCUGGCCGUGUGAUGCUACAGCCCUGGCAGCGGCGCUUGCUGGUUGCCAGCGGCUGCAGCACCUGAGCUGGACGCUCACCGACCCUGCGGCUGCGGAGGUGCUGGUGGCUGCGGCGGCCCUUGACGAUAGCACUCUGCUGGAGGCAAGCCACUCGGCAGGUGCAGCAGACAGCCGGCAGGCCAAUGGUAGCCUGCGGCGGCAGCGUGAGCAGGCGAAAACGAGCGCGCGCGGCGCAGGGCAGGCAGCGGCCGCGAAGAAGGAAGAUGAGCGCCUGGCUAAGGGAAGUCGCGAGCAGCGCCUACGACAGCUGGUGGCAGUGGCGCAGCACCAGUACGCGCUGGGGGUGGCCUGCGCCGCGGCCGCGCUGCCGACACUCACACAACUCCGCUCCCUCACCCUGGACCUACGCCUCCCCGCCUUCGACAUCGGGCCCGACACAGCGGCCCGAGACCAGGCGGCCGCGGCUGGCGGCGCCGCAGCCAGGCACCUUGGCGCCGGGCUGACAUCGCUUACCCGUUUGACACGGUUGGAGCUGGAUGAAGGUGGGUCGGCGCCGCAUCCGGCCUGGCGGCUAGAGCUGCUGGCGGCGGCGGCGGCGCUUCCGCAGCUGGCGGAGCUGAGCUGGCGGCGGCUGGAGGUUGACGGCGACGCUGCGGCGGCGCUGGUGGCGUCCACGUCAUUGGUGUCGUUGAGCUUGGAGCGGUUUCUGGCGCCGGCGGGCGUCACGGCGGUUGCGCUGGCAGCGAGCGCGGCGGCAGUGACGGCCAAGGCCGGCGCGGCGGCACUGGAGGCAGCAGUUUUAGGGCCAACCGGGGGUGGCGGCGGUAGAGGGGCACGGGCUGUGGCGGCAGCGGGGGCGCCAGUGGGCAUGCCUGCAGCGGCUGCACUCCGGUCCGCGGCGGCUGCCGCCGUGGCGGCGGCGGCAGCCGCCGCAGCCAUGGCUUUUCCGGAUGCUGCGCAGGAGGCGGCAGCGGCCGCUGCGGCAGCAGCCGCCAGUGGCGCCCCACCGCCUCCGCCUCUGUGGCGGCGUCUGCUGCUGCCGCUGCCGCCACGGCUGCGUCAGCUGCGGCUGCGCUACAGUGGGCUAGGUGGCAUGGCGCUGGCGGCGUUGGCGGCACUGCAGCUGCCGGCAGGUGGCCUGGAGGUGUUCGAGCUGCGCAACCCCAAACUGGAGAUUGGUGAUGGAGACGUGGAGGCGGCCUGGGGUAACCGGCUGCUGCCUCAGGCAGCCCUGGCCCUGGCCCUGGGCAUACACAAGCUGGCCGAGGCGUGUCCGCGGCUGGACACGCUGCGAGUCAUGAACGAGGCGCGGCAGCGAGAGGCCCUGGCGGCGCCGGAGGGCUGGGGGGGCCGGAGCCAGCAGCAGCCCCAGGGUGGAAUGGCAGGCGCUACAGGAGGAGGUUUGGGGGGAGGUGCAGGAGGAGAGGGGCCGGGGACGGGUGGCGGGCACGCGCCCUGGCUGUCGGCGUUGUCGGGGCUCAAGUCGCUGCGGCGGCUGACGCUGAGCGGCCUGAAGCUGGGCAGCGCGGAUGUGGAGGCACUGGCGGCCAGCUGCCCUGCACUGGAGGAGCUGCACCUGGUGCCGCUGAGCUCGGUGUCAUCGGCCGCGGUGCGGGUGCUUCGCGGCAUGCAGCUGCGGCGCCUCACACUCCCCUACGAACGGCACUGAGGGGGCCGACCCGCCGGCGGACCCUGCCAUGGAGGCAACCUUGUGAGGCGCUUGGCGAGUUGAGGGCACCUGCUGCCGCUGUGGCGUAGAAAUGUUGGUGGUGGAGGGGACGAGCAAUUGAGCGCACACCGUAGUGCUUUUACCAGGACGCUUCAAAUGUUGUACAUAUGGGAACGGGGAC